AUGGCAUCCAUCUUCACGUACGAUCCAGACCCGCCACGGGUAUCAUCCCCGUGGUCAACCUCGGGAUCGUCGACCCCCCAACUCAAGCCACCUGGUGGUCGUGGGUUAGCAAUUCGUGCACGCUCCAGUGGCACUCCUUUACACGCUGAUCCAGUUCUAUUAUCCGACUAUGGAAUUUCCAAAUUAGAGCCAGAGCCUCAAGAGGGACCCACAGAGUACAAGUUACAUCUGCUGCUUCGACCUAGACGUCCCUAUGUUUCCAUGUCGACAGGAAAUGUAGUGGCAGGAUCAUACCAUUCACGCAACAUGCCUCCAUCAUCUGUCUCGGCAUCUCCGGGGUCUGAAGCAGCUCCAAGACCCAUGCAAGCGAAAUCAAACCAGAGCCGACAGCAACGACUACAAGGGUUGACUACCCAGUUAUUAUGGCGUCUGCAGCAAUCCUCGCCAUUUCAUUCAUCCACCACGUCAAAUCUGGUUUUGCCUGUUCUUCCUGAUGCAACACCUCGACUAGGAGUUCCUUCAAAGCCUGCUCGCUUGCUCCCUGGGCUCGAGGAGAGCCAAGGUGCUUUGUAUGAGAUUGGGGUUGCCGAUGAUGGAACAUUUGUCGGUCUCACUCAGGAUGAGCUGGAUGAGAGCAUCACUAAUCUCCAAUCCAUGGCUGCAAGUCUUGGGUGUAAGGUGGAGGUCCUUCGCCGAGUCGUGGUCGGGAAAUGCGAGUGGACAGUGGAAACGCCAGAUACACCACUAGAUGCACCACCUGAUUUGUUAACAAAUACAACCGAAGGACUCUGGGUUGUUGAGGCUUUGGUAAGUCCAGAUCUAGACUUUUACAACAUCUCCCAGGGCAAGUCAAUAUGUGACUCGCAAUACACUGCAAAUACUGGGCCCGGAAAUGUGUCAGCCUCGGACGACGAUUUCUCACAUACGGAACAAAUUCGGAUAUCAAUUGCAGGCCCCAGCACCGCAGGAAAGUCUUCCUUGCUGGGCACAUUGACGUCUUCUGCACUGGAUAAUGGAAGGGGCAAAAGCAGGUUAAGUCUGUUGAAGCAUCGACACGAGAUCUCUUCAGGAAUCACUAGCUCAGUCGCCCAGGAACUGAUUGGAUACACCGAUGAGGGGCCCCCUACCGUGAUCAACUAUGCAUCUGGGAAUGUUGCUGGCUGGGAUGAUAUCCACGCCGCCACACAUGGAGGUCGUUUGGCCUUUGUCUCUGACUUACCGGGCUCUAUUCGAUAUUUGAAGUCAACAUUACGAGGGCUUGUUAGCUGGGCUCCGCACUACGUGAUGCUUUGUAUCCCUGCCAAUUGUGGUGAUGAGACUUCUGCGCCCGAACAAGGUGCCGAGCCUUCAGAGAUGGACCUUUGUCUGGCAUAUCUGGAGCUCUGCUUGAAAUUAGAGCUUCCAGUAUUGGUGAUCAUUACCAAGCUAGAUUUGGCUUCUCGCAGUGGACUACGAGAGAAUCUUGCCAAAGUUCUUUCAGCAAUAAAAACCGCUAGCCGGAAGCCUGCAAUGCUCCCAGCCAGUCCUGCGGGUGAUAAAGUGCUUGAAUCUCAGCAAAUAAGCGCAGUGGAAACCUCUCAAGUACGCAAGGUUAUCGACGCUGCCGAUGGGAAGUGGUUAAAUACUGUGCCGAUUGUCCUGACCAGUGCCGUGGAUGGAUCCGGUAUUGGGAAGCUGCAUGCUUUCCUUCGCUAUCUACCGAUCCCUGCGCAGCCCACCCAGAGAAUCCAAGGUCUCCCCAGAAAUCUUUCUGUAUCUCCUCAUGAAACCGGUAACCUUUUUGAUGUGGACGAGGUCUUUGCAAUCCCACCUUCGAAAGUCUACUCAAUAGCCUCGGAAAAGGGCGAUGAAGAAAACCGUGGAAUGGUCCUUUGUGGCUUGGUCCGCCAUGGCAGCAUCUCUAUUGGCGACGAGAUGGUCAUUGGUCCGAUCCUUGUGGAUGUUGCUAGUGACUCGAACAACGAGCCUCCACCUUCAGUGGGGACUCUGUCCCGCAGCGGGCCGGGUGAUUUGUCCGCAUCGUUCCCGCAGAGCCUCCUGUCCGGAAAAGACUCACAGGCAAGGUGGCAGCGCAUCCGCGUCGUCAGCGUGAGAGAUCUUCGUCUACCAGUCCGUCGCCUCGUCAAAGAUCAAGUAGGUACAAUCGGCAUAGAGCCCACCGGGGUUUCCGAAAACAAAAGUCUACCACGUCUUGGCCGAAUCCGUAAGGGCAUGGUUCUCUCGAACUUAUAUACGUUACCCCCAUAUGCCACCUCUGUUUCACCGGACCCCUCACUACUACCACUGCCAUUCCACACCGGAUUCACUGCAACUUUCCGAUCUACUGAGUUCUCCGCUCCAAACUCUCCUCCUCUACUACUUGGAGGCAAUGCCAUAGCCUAUAUUGCCAACAUCCGCACCACUGUCCGCGUCAUCUGCAUGGCGCUGACGGGGACUGGCGAAGAAGUAAUAUCCGAGCCACCGUCUCCUUCUGAACCGGAGCUCUUCAACUUCGACGGUGAUUCCCAGUCUCCUUCCAUGGGUAAGUCCCACAGCAACGGGACAACAAACGGCAAUUCUACCAAUGACCUCGGCAGCGAGGGGACUGCCGAUUUAUUCCGACGUCGUCCCUCAGCAACAGAUAUUAGCAAAGUCAUGUCGGGAACUAUACCCGCCUCCAUUGUUGGCGUUGCAUCUUCGGCAGAAGCGCUCAAAGAGGAUGUCAAGAUUACCUUUGCCCUUGUAUCUUCUGUUGAGUGGAUCGAGCUGGGGUCUCAGGUUCUUGUCAUGCCCACUAUUUCAAUGACAUCUAUCUCGUCCCAGGCUGCUACCACGGCAGCCUCUGCGUCUGGUUCUGGUUCGUUAUCUAUUUCCGGACUUGAAGGCUUUGUCGGUGCCGUUAGUGAAGUCGUUCCUGGGCGGGUCCCAGUCGCUGAAGGAUGA